AUGAGCUAUUUUGCUUCGUACUUAGAUGUAACCGACGACGACAAUACGCACGGUCUUCUGGAGCCGCCUUCGGUCGCCUACAGCAAUGUCACCGUACGACGUGCCUUCAUAGUGUGGAUGUACUGCGGUCAGAAGAACAGGUUCAAGGACGUCUGCAACUACUUCCAUUACUUAGAAGCACUGGAAGAGAAGUUAUCGGCCGAGGUUCGUGCAUCGAGUAGACACCACGAAUUCGAUCUUUUCACAAAUCAACCACCGACUUCCAUAUUCUUGGCGCAUUAUUUUCCAAAGCUAUACACCGAAUCGCAGCUGCAGCAGCACAUUGCUAAAGUAGAAUCGUGUAGACAUGACACUAGUGUUAUUAAAAUGCAAGAACUUGACAAGAUAGUUCCGAAGAGCGGAACGUCCAGGAAUGAGAUAGUAGAGGCCAGUAAGAUGAUAAGAAACUAUUGUAAAAUGCAUAUGAAGACGUUGGAAAGAUUCCUGAAGGAGUUCAAAGAGCAUACAGAGAGAUGCGGCCUCUCCAAUACCGUUGGCAACGUGGCAUUUUAUAUAAAACGAAAAACAAUCCAAGCCGAGAUAGAACUAGAAGCGAAUUACGCUAUGACUUUGGAAUUACUCGCGGAAAAUGGUACAGUAGUUGAUGAAUUACCAACAAAUAUCCAAGUGCAGUGUAAAACUGUUCGGGCACAGUCUGUAAUUCAAAAGGAACGUAAUUCGUUCAAUACUAUAAAUACUAAAACACUCGUAGCUGGUCAAAAUUGUAAUAAAAUCAAUUAUGAAAAGUUGAGCGUAUCCAAUAUCAAUAUACGAAAGGAUUUCAUUAAUAAAUUUCAAAAUAUAGGUAUAAAUGGAGUUAAAGAGAAAGAAAACAUACCGCGAGAGAGAGAUAACAAAUGGGAAACUAUCUCUGAAGCUUUUUUAGAUAGUCCACUUCAUUGUGGUGGCAUCGACGGUACCAAGUUUAGGACACGAAGAUUUUCAGGGUCUAAUUUUAUUAAGCGAGAUGUCUUAAAGCUUAGAAAAAUAUGA